GCGCGUAGCCUGUUCGUGUCGUGUGUUUUGCAUUUACAAACACACACGGCGAAUUGCCACGAAAAUUUAUCGAAUUUUCAUAGCCCCGCGUGUUACUGUUUACGAUUUUCGGUUUUCCGGUGCUAAAGCAAGUUGAGACUCGUAGAACUGAAUCGACUUUUUGAUUAAUUCUCGUUUAACGCAGCCUGACAAAUCAAACAGGUGUGUCUGACGUUUUCAUGUCGAGUUUGACGUGUUUUUGGAAUACUCGAAAAGCUACUCGACUUUAGAGACCUCGUAAAAAUCGUGGAAACGCUCAAUUUUUCAAACAUGUGAUUGAAGCAUUGCUGGGCCACUUUUUACCAGCGUACUCGAAUUCAUCGAUUUUACUCGCGUCGGUAACUUGACAAAGGACGAAAAAAUAAACACGUUUCCAUAUCAUUGACAGUGUGCAGUGGUUUUGAACGAAAGAGAAACAAGAAGUAGCGAAGGACGUUUACGAGUUGUUGCAAAAAAGUACACACUUUAUCGAAGUCUUUGCUCAGAGGAAAAGUCUCGGGAGAGUUAUGCAAAAAGUGAAGAAGGGCUGUGUGAGAACGUAACGGCAUAUAUUGAAAAAAGGGGCUGAUCCGAGGGACUACCGUAGCUCCAAAGCCCCGUAUACAGGGGUCAUACGAGUGACGUAAAAGAUUUUCCCGGAAGCGAAAGAACAAAAGAUCCGAGAGCCACCAGACUCCGUUGGAACCUCGAGAAAAACUCGCACACCGACGGAACAGAGAGGAAAGAAAAUAAAAUAAAAGAGGCACACGAGAAGCAGAGAGAAUGACGGAACGCCGUGGCACGAAGGCACUGGAACUAUGGUGCCGAAGAAUAACGGAUGGUUAUCCAGGAGUUAACGUGCAAAACAUGACCACCUCGUGGAGAGACGGUCUUGCCUUCUGUGCGAUGAUUCAUCACUUUCGUCCCGAUCUCAUUGAUUUCAACAGCCUGAACAAGGACGACGUGUAUGGCAACAACGAGCUCGCCUUCAGAACAGCAGCCGAACAUCUGGGGAUCCCUGCCCUGCUCGACGCCGAGGACAUGGCCUCGUGCUCCGUUCCUGAUCGACUCUCCAUUCUCACAUAUCUAUCCCAAUUUUAUCAGAGCUUCGGAGGCUCAUCGCCGAGUCGACUCGCUUUGAGCAGAACAAAGGAAAGCUCCAACGAAGGAAUUACCCCCGUACCAGAGUCUACGACGCCAAAGGUGGGUCCACGUACGGGGAUGCGACGAGAUCCUUGUGCGGUAUGCGGGAUGCCGGUAUUUCUCGCGGAGAAGCUCGUAAUAUCGCGAACGCCGUAUCAUCGAACGUGUUUUCGUUGCGCGCGUUGCAAGAAUCAAUUGACACCGGGCAAUUAUUACGAGACGGAGGAGGGUCAAUACUGCUGCGAGACCUGUCCGGACGAGGAAGAGACAGCGAGUAAAAGCCCACUAUUGGGGGAAACGAUUUAUGACGGGCCCAAUAGAGACGCGAUGUUGAUUGAAGAGCGCGACAACGGAAAACCGCAAGUGUACAAACGGUCAUUGAGCGAUGAAGAAAAAAGUGAGCACGCGGCUCAAUUGGGCGAGAAAAAAUUAGUGAGGCAAGACGAAUUAACGAGCCCGGAGAGAAGGAAAAAUUCGCAAAUGCGGUUGAGCUUCAUGACGGAAAAUUUGUUGGCGAAAAAUACCGAGGAUAACGCAACCGAAAUAUCGGACAAGGAGGAGGAAGAUUACUCGUCGAUCGACCAGGAGCGAGAGGGAGAUCGUCGCGAACCCAAGGGCACGUUGGCCUCGUCGUGGGUCAGCGAGAUAAACGUGAAUUUGACCAAAACUGUAAUGCCCGCACGAACUAAAUACGAGACUACUCACACCGAUAAAGUAGAUGUUAGCGAUGUUAGCGAUAGCACUAGUGAUGACACUUUUCAACGAGCUCAUCGUAACAGCCUUAAUCAAUUAGAUUUAAGAUUAGAUGAUGAAGAGCCCAAUACAAGGAGGAGAAACUCAUUGGACACUGCCGAUAAUGAGCACACGAAGAAUUCGAAUAAUAUUAAUAUUCCUCUUCCCCAUGAUGCUGCUACUGAUGCUGCCCCUAUAGAAGUUAGUGAAAACUCCACGAGAACGAAUACCAAAGAUACAACUGGCCCGGAUAUCGACACCGAGUCCUUGUCCCUCGUACAGAAACGUUUGAAAAUAUUCGAGACUCGAAAGCCUGAAAAUUCAUUAAAUAAAAAGGCGAGUUACGUUGUUUCCUCGUCUAGCACGAGUUUCGACGAGAAGAACAAUGAUUCAUCGGUCACUAACGAUGGAGAUAACGCGAUCGAGUCGAAUAUUCGUACGGAAGAAACUUCGUCGUCAACGUUGGAGGAAGAACGAAUCUCGACGGAUCGUCUCACCGGCGUUGUAACGCCAUCUGUCGAGUCAACGAGCCAAGAGAACAAAAUAAUAUCGCCCCCGGUGCCAAAACGCACGAAUCUCAAACAAUCCCGUAAACCUCGUGACAAUCAUGACCUCAAAAAGUCUGAAGUCACUGUCCUUAACGCCUCGGGUAUCGAUCUCAGCGAGAACGAAGAAAAUUAUCCCAGCGAUUUGAAUCCCUUUGAUUGCGAUGAUAUUAACGACGAAGAUGAACCGAAAGAAAAGAGUCUGAGCGAGAACCAGCAGAAAUCACUUCGAAACGAACCUCCAGUCUCCACUAAUCCCUUUGGGAGCAGCGACGACGAAGAGGAAAGUCAACAGGAUGACAAAAUCCCUGUUCCACCUCGGCCAGCUACUAGGAAUAUUCACAAAAUUACAGAAUCUCCCUGUCAAACUAACCCACAGGAAGCACCCACCAAAAGACGCUUAAAAGCACCCCAAAUUAAUUUCAAUCCGUUUUUGAGCGACGACGAAGAGGAACACGAGACCGAGGAGGAACAUGAAACUCUACGUCAAAACUCAAAUUCCAAUACCCCCGUUCCCAAACCACGCACCAUCAAACAAACGACCGACUCAUUUCUGUCGCCGUGGAAAAAUGAUCUCACUCGAGGCGACAUCUAUGCCUCGAACAGCUCACUCGCCAGCUCGGGAUCUACCUCGACCACUGGCGGAACUUAUAGGAAAAAAAAGCCUGCGCCACCCCCACCUGUCGUCAAAGAAUUGUUCACUUCCGCCGGGGAUUCCCUCGCUUCUUCCCAUUCUUAUGCCAGCAGCAAUAAUUCUCUACGCUCGACUCCAAAAGCCCGGAAAGCAAAACCAGCGCCUCCACCUCCAUUGCCAACGAGCACACCCUGCAGCACGAAUCUCAAGGCAAAUGUUACCAUCCCCGAAUCGCCGAUAACCGAUGGUCAUCAAAAAAUUGAAACUCGCGACUACGAUUCGUGGAAAGAUCCGAAAAACGACAAGGACGCGGCGAAUAGAACUAAACAGAAUUUGACAACCGUCUCCGGCGACGAAACGAAUCCCUUCGACGGCUUCACCGACAAAAGUCUCCAGGGAAAAUGGAAAAGGAAAAAAGGCCCUGCACCAGCGAGGCCCAUUCCCCACAGGCGAAAGAUCAAAGUGAUGUCUUUGAAGGACGUGAAAUUGGAGCUCGAUGAGAUAGAAAUGCAACAGCAAGGCCUCGAAAGACAGGGAGUGCGACUGGAACAGCUGAUCAGGGACAAAGCGGAGACCGGAAGUGCUGCAGAAGAUACUAAUUUGGGACUGGACGUUGAAGAACUUGUACUUGAGCUUUUUGCUCUUGUCAAUGAAAAGAACGAACUAUUCAGGCGGCAGGCCGAGCUUAUGCUUCUCAGAAGACAACAGCGACUGGAGGAGGAGCACGCUGACAUCGAAUAUCAAAUUCGAUGCCUCCUGUGCCAACCAGAAGCUACUAAAACGGAUUUUGAUAAGCAGCGAGAAGAAAUGCUCAUUCAAAGGCUGGUGGAAAUAGUCGAGCGUCGCAAUGAGAUCGUCGAGUGCCUCGAAAUGGACAGACGACGCGAGGUCGAGGAAGAUCGCAGUAUUAACACGCAAAUGGGAAUCUAUGCGGCCAAGAACAAAGGUGACUUUGCCAAGGAGUUGGAGGAACGUGAGGAGGAGGAGGAGGAGGAGAGGAAUCGUUCGAAAAAAUCGAAAAAGACAAAACUCAAGGAUAAAGCCAAGGAGAAAAUAUUGCGGAAAGUUCACAAAAAAGAUGCUGACAAGGACGUCGACGAGACUGAAGUUAAGCUGAAACGCCAAAACAAAAAAAAGUGGUUCUAAAACACAAGUUAAAACAAA